UUCCUUCCUUCCCUUCUCUUUGUAUAUAAAAUUCCCAAACCCGUCGGUAGCACGCCACGCUAAUUUCACAAAAGCAGAGGUCCCUUCCUACCCUCUUCGCUUUCAUUGUCCACACACCUACAGCAGCGCUUUAGUGAUCUUCUCAAUUAGAUUUCUCAAAAUUCUGUUGAGCGUUCCUUCUGUUCUUCUGUUACGAUGUCAGCCGACGUCAAGAAGUGCGACCACCACGGCGCUGGACGCCGGAGGGUCUUCCGCCGGAUCCUCGCCUGCAUACUUAUCUUCAACCUCGUCAUCCUCAUCACCAUCCUUCUAAUCUGGGCCAUCCUCCGCCCCACCAAGCCACGCUUCGUCCUCCAGGACGUCACCGUCUACGCCUUCAACACCUCCACCCCCAACUUCCUCACCUCCAAUUUCCAGGUCACCAUCUCCUCCCGCAACCCCAACAACAAAAUCGGGAUCUACUACGACAAGCUCGACGUCUACGCCGACUACCGCAACCAGCAGAUCACCCUCCGCACCGCAAUCCCGCAGACGUAUCAGGGCCACAACGAUGUCAACGUCUGGUCUCCAUUCGUUUACGGCACCGACGUACCGGUGGCUCCGUACAACUCCAUCGCGCUGGGUCAGGAUCAGUCUACCGGGGCCGUGUUGCUGACGAUCAAGAUUGACGGACGCGUGAGGUGGAAGGUCGGAACAUUUGUCUCCGGCAAGUAUCAUUUGUAUGUGAGAUGUCCGGCGUAUAUGACGUUUGGGAGCGAAGGCAGCGGAGUCACGGUCGGCGAGAACGCCGUCAAGUACCAGCUGGUGACGAGGUGUACUGUCAGUGUGUGAAGACUGUAGAUUGAAGAAGAAGAGGACGGUAACGCCGUUAAGUAUUGGUUGUCCCUUAUCCUUUACCCCUAUCACGCCGUUAGCUAUUAUAUAUAUUAUUUUUCUAUUUUUAAAUUGAGGAAUCGUACAUUUUGCUAUAGAAUAAAUGGAGAGAACAUGGCAAAAUUACAAUAUGUGUAACAAGUUGUAGUUAUUUAAUGGUUACAAUUUGUGCAAUAAUAAAAAUUAAAUUAAAAAUAUCAAUAAGAU